CUUUACUGCUUCAUUACUAACUCACUGGCACAAGACUACAAAAUUGUCAGAGCUCGGCAGAUCAUGGCCUAUCCCCAACAAUCUUCAACGCAUGGGUUCUCGCAAGGUGACAGAAGCUCGCCGAAUGAAAACUUGGUACCGCGCCCUCGAUUGAGUUGCGAAGAAUGCAGUCGACGGAAGAUAAGAUGCGACAAAAAGAUACCCUGUCGUGCGUGCUACGAGAGAGGCGCCGCUUCUAGCUGUCGACGUCAGCAGGGCCCUGGCAGUAGAAACAGACCAGUCCGCAAAGAGCCAGGACGCGAAAAUGUUCUGCAACAUGAGGUAUUAGAAAAGCUCGACAGGGUGCUUGAACGGCUUGAUACAGUCGAGUCAGUACUUGGCCUGCAACAAGGACAAGACUCAUCUACAGUUAGCGAUGAUGGACGCGAGGUUAAAGAAAAUGGAUUGGUGAGCGCAAUGGAGGAGGCGGCACUUGGGAUUGGCGAAAACAGACGAUGGCAAGGUGCUUCACUGGUUGUCGACAGCACCCAGUUGCCAGAGUCAAAUCAUCAGUGGUUCAGCCCAACGUCCUUCUCUUCAUGCCUAGCAACCCUCCCAGAGCCAAGCCAAUCAAAUUUCCUCCUACAGUCGUACUUCGAAAACGUCAACUGGAUCACGGGCUGCCUGCGCCGCGACACGCUCCAGCAACAGCACAAUGAUUUCUGGACUCUCUACGAGAAAGGACAACCUCCCGACGGGAUGACCUUGGCACUCCUCUUUGCCGUUCUCAGUAACGCUGCAUUCUUUCUCGACGAGCAGGUCGCCAGGACUCAGGGUUACGCCCCUCAGCGGCUUCAGCAUUUUGCCAGAAAGUGGUUUGACUGUAGUAUCGCUACCUUCUUCCGCUGCGGUGGAAUAACUCACCACUCUCUUGCAGCAUGCCAGACAAUUCUGACUUUGCGAUAUUGUUUUCACCUGACCGGAAACUCAAAUACACAUCAGCUACUUGCAUACGUUGGCAUUGGGAUUGCGAGGGCAAUGAACCUCCACCUACUCGAAAAUAGCCACAGCAGCUCCGAAGAUGACCGAAUAAGGCGAGAAAUGGGUCGCCGGGCUUGGUGGCUACUGAUUGAGGGUGACUGGGAUCUUUUACCAUACCAUCGCUAUUGCUUUAUCUCGGCACAAUCCUUCAAUACUGCUCUUCCUGAUCUCACUGAUGAAGGAACCUUCGCCUCUUCUACCAACGAUGCUCACUCUCUUACUUUUCUCAUCACCUGUUGCCAGUCUGCGAGAGUUCUUUAUGAAGUCUACAGCCCACUAUCAUCGAACCAAUAUCCAAACUAUGAGAUUGUCACCUCUGCCUCGGAGAAAUUAGAUCGGAUAGUCCAAGGUCUGCCAGCGGCAGUACGACAUUCAGCUGAAUCCAGCCCCAGCACAUCUGGCCCAGUUUAUGUGUGGCGGUUCCUGGUAAUGAUGCUGGCCUAUCGAUCUUAUAUGAUUCACCGAUCAUUCUAUAUCAAGUCACUGUCGAAUCCUCGCUAUGAAGCUUCUCGAAUAGCCUGCACACGAGCUUCAGAGACUAUCAUCAGUUUGGCUGACAAAGGACUGCCGUCCAUCUUUUACCGCCUUUGGAACACAACACUCUGGCUAGUAGCAGCUGGUCUUGUACUGGGUGUUGAUCUCGCCCAUGCGGCCAGCGAGAACAAGUCGUAUCCAGACGCGGCAGCCCGGCGUAGGAGAUUGCUAACAUUGGUCGAUCUACUCAACACCUCCGCUGACAGAUCAGGGAUCGCGGCGCGUGGUGCUCGCCUUAUCCGGCAUAUCUGCACCAUGGAGCAAGAUUCUCUUGCGGGCUCGCACAAAAAGAUACAGAUCACGCGCGACGAUAUACUCAAUGCUGUUCGAAUGCCCAAUGCCAACCCAAACAUAGGUGCUUCUGGUAGUUUACAGGGCCCAUCCGCUGACUAUUCUGAUCGUACUUCCUACCAGGAUAACGAACCGGCAGGUAAUCCCCAGAGCGGAGAGCAUUCUGCCCCUGCGAUAUUUGCAUCCCCUCCAGCGGUCGAGCCAGCAGAUAUGGGAUUCAAUAUUGCGGAAUCCAGUUUCUUUGUUCCGGAAUGGGGUGAUAGAGAAUCCUAUGGGGCAUUCGGCCCCCCACAAGAUCAAGGCCAAAUGGAUGCAUUAUUUGCAGACAUGUUAUAGGGCGAGCCCGCUUUGGCCUUGUUCUCUGGUGGUAAAGGAUUAAGUAUUUUCCGACGAAUAUGGAAAUUGUAAUUGUAGAGGGCUAUUUGUCAGGCUAGUGUGGUGUUCAUUCGCUUUUCAGGCUUCAUCGCUUUUAAAAAUGGCACUUUAUUUUCUUGAAUCAACCGAAUAUUUACACUCCAGGGCAUAUUCUCUAGAUUUCCUUAGUGGUGUGCUUCCAGAUGGCUGCUAAAAGCUUUGUAGAAUCUUUG